AACCCCCAACAACCCACUUCCACACACACAAGAAAAAUGGGUCCCAGUUUCCUCAAUCUAUAAAAGCAGUUGCUCACUUGCUCAUCUUCCAAUUCCCUCCAAUGCACAUAACCAAAACCCAACCACACUAUCCAUCUCUCUCUCUCCUCUCCUGCUAUUAAUUCCAAUUUCAUAGUACGGUAUAUGUUACAAAUAUUGCAUUCUCAAAAGAAGCAAUAAAGAAGAGAAGAGAAGAAAAGAGGACAAAGACAGAACUGUCAAUCUUUCUCUCUGCUGCCUCUGUUCCUUUCUAUUUGCACUGAGAAAGAGGAAUAUAAAGUGAAGCACAAAGAUUAAAAGGAACCAUUUUUUUCCGGUUCUGAAACCCUCGGGGAGCGUCAUGGGGUCAAUGUGGAAAAUGUUGAAAAUCAACAUGCCACUGUUGAUAUCCUUAUUUUCAUUGGUUUUUUCUUCAGUCACAGCCAGUGUUUCCUAUGAUGACAAAGCUAUCAUCAUUAAUGGCCAAAGAAGAAUCCUCAUUUCUGGCUCCAUUCACUACCCAAGAAGCACCCCUGAGAUGUGGCCUGAUCUAAUAAAGAAGGCUAAAGAUGGAGGCUUGGAUGUUAUACAGACCUAUGUAUUUUGGAAUGGCCAUGAGCCUUCUCCUGGAAAAUAUUAUUUUGAGGGGAGGUAUGAUCUGGUUAAGUUCAUCAAACUGGUUCAGCAAGCAGGUCUUUAUGUUCAUCUCCGAAUUGGUCCCUACGUUUGUGCAGAGUGGAACUUUGGGGGAUUUCCUGUUUGGCUGAAGUAUGUACCAGGCAUGGAAUUUAGAACAGACAACAAGCCUUUCAAGGUGGCAAUGCAAGGAUUUGUGGAAAAAAUAGUAAGCAUGAUGAAGGCAGAAAAAUUGUUUGAAUCUCAGGGAGGCCCAAUUAUCAUGUCUCAGAUAGAGAAUGAAUAUGGACCAGUGGAGUGGGAAAUUGGUGCUCCUGGUAAAGCUUACACGAAAUGGGCGGCAGAAAUGGCUGUGGGUCUUGGCACUGGUGUGCCAUGGAUCAUGUGCAAACAAGAGGAUGCCCCUGAUCCAAUUAUAGACACUUGCAAUGGCUUCUACUGUGAAGGUUUCCUUCCUAACAAGCCCUAUAAACCCAAAAUGUGGACAGAAGUCUGGAGUGGCUGGUACACGCAAUUUGGGGGCCCUGUUCCUCAUAGACCUGCAGAGGACUUGGCAUUUUCAGUUGCAAGGUUUAUACAGAACAACGGUUCCUUUUUCAAUUACUAUAUGUACCAUGGUGGAACAAAUUUUGGUCGGACAGCUGCUGGUCUUUUCGUUGCAACUAGCUAUGAUUAUGAUGCUCCAAUCGAUGAAUAUGGAUCCUUGAGGGAGCCAAAAUGGGGGCAUUUGAGAGACUUGCAUAAAGCCAUCAAGUUAUGUGAGCCAGCUUUAGUUGCGGCAUAUCCAACGGUAACCUGGCUUGGCAAAAAUCUAGAGGCCCAUGUAUUUAAGUCGAAGUCUGGUGCUUGUGCUGCAUUCCUUUCAAACUAUGACCCUCAAUCUUCAGCGAAAGUGACCUUUCAAAAUAUGCAAUAUGACCUGCCUCCUUGGUCCAUCAGCAUUCUCCCUGACUGCAAGAAUGUGGUUUUCAACACUGCAAAAAUUAGCUCCCAAAGCUCUCUGAUGCAGAUGACACCUCUAAGUAGUGGAGCAUUUUCCUGGCAGUCGUACAAUGAACAAACUCCCUCUUCUGAUGAAAGCGAUACUCUUGUAAUGGAUGGGUUGUGGGAGCAACUUAAUGUCACCAGAGAUACCUCAGACUAUUUAUGGUACCUGACAGAAGUGAACAUAGCACCUGAUGAAGGAUUUUUAAAGAAUGGAAAAAAUCCAGUUCUCACUGUUAUGUCAGCUGGCCAUGCCUUGCAAGUUUUCACCAACGGUGAACUAUCAGGAACUGCAUAUGGGAGCUUGAGGAAUCCAAAAUUGACAUAUAGUGAUGGUGUAAAGUUAAGAGCUGGUAUUAACAAGAUCUCUUUACUCAGCGUUGCUGUGGGUCUUCCGAAUGUUGGGUUGCAUUUUGAAACAUGGAAUGCUGGGGUUCUUGGUCCAGUAACCUUGAAGGGCCUCAAUGAGGGCACAAGAGACUUGACAAAGCAGAAAUGGUCUUACAAGAUUGGUCUAAAAGGUGAAGCUUUAAGUCUCCAUGCACUCGGUGGAAGUUCUUCUGUUGAGUGGGUAGAAGGAUCAUUGGUGGCUCAAAAGCAGCCCCUAACAUGGUACAAGACUACUUUUAACGCUCCAGAAGGAAAUGAUCCAUUAGCUUUGGACAUGAGUAGCAUGGGAAAAGGUCAAAUAUGGAUUAACGGUGAAGGCAUAGGACGCCACUGGCCUGGAUAUAUAGCUCAUGGUGGCUGCAGUGACUGUUCAUAUGCUGGAACUUACAACGAGAAUAAAUGCCAAAGUAAUUGUGGAGAGCCCUCUCAAAGAUGGUACCAUGUUCCACGCUCAUGGCUGAAGUCGAGUGGGAAUCUGCUGGUUGUAUUUGAAGAAUGGGGUGGCAACCCAACAGAUAUUUCUUUGGUUAGUAGAACAACACAAAGGGUUUGUGCUGAUAUUUUUGAAGGGCAACCAACACUUAAGAAUUGGCAUAUGUUAUCCUCUGGCAAAGUUAAUAAUCUGCAACCCAAAGCCCAUCUGUGGUGUACACCUGGGAAGAAAAUCUCUAAAGUACAGUUUGCUAGCUAUGGAAUGCCCCAGGGAACAUGUGGAAGCUUCAAAGAGGGGAGCUGUCAUGCUCAUAAGUCAUACGAUGCACUUGAAAGGAAUUGCAUAGGGAAGCAAUCUUGUUCAGUGACUGUAGCUCCUGAAGUUUUUGGAGGGGAUCCAUGUCCAGAUUCCGUGAAGAAGCUAUCAGUCGAAGCUGUUUGCAGCUGAACUCAAGCAAAGGUCAGCUUACAAAAUAGAUGAAGUCCAAGAUCUAUUCAUUCUCCGUAUAAAUUACUAGGCUGCGCGUUUCAAAAACGUCCAACUUAUCGGUAAUCCAAGCUUACAUAUACAAGUCUCAUAAGCCACUGGUUUGAUUUUUGGGUUGAAAUUGUAGUCAUAUUUCACCCCCUUUUGGCCAAUUGUAGAUCCUAAAGGUGAAUGCAAAUAAGCUUCCUGUAUACAAAUAAGCUACUAUAGUGGCCUCUUUAUGCUACUCAAAAGCGGUUAAAGAGGCUUCAUUCAGAUGCAUGCUAAUGUUUCAGUCCAUAGAAGUUCUAAGGGUAAAGCAUUCAGCCUGAAUAGGAAUAAACCUUCAUCUGUAACAGUACAUCAAUGAGAAAGCAAUUUCGUUGCUCUUCUUUUUUGUUCUACUUGAUUUUUCACUUUUGUUUGAUCACUUCCAUUUUCAUUCUUCUAAGUAUAAGCAUUGUAAAUGGCUUGUAUAACAUAGUUUAAUUACUUGUUCCACAAUGAGUUGAUGAGGGUUUUCCGGUACCUGCAGCAAAUGAACCUCAUGUUUGAUCGUACGAGACAUAAUCCUAUUACUGCAAAUUGGGAAAUUAAAGGUGUGACCAAAAUGAGACAUAGAAAACAGUUGGUAGAUAUAUAUAGAGAAAGAUGAUCAUAUAAGCCAAACCAAAAACUUGCACACAAUAUAAGAGCAUUUGCUGAAUAGCAGUGAUUGCUAACCAUAAUCCCUUCAUCAACAGCUUGCUACUGCUCGAACAGAGUUCAAUAAAUAAGAACAUUUACAGGUACAGAUAACAAGGAAUUAUUUCGUUGCACAGAACAGCAACCAACCUCGAUAUAAAUUACAAGACUCUAUACAUCAAAAUGAGGUCUGCUCUCCUUAACAGAAUUUCCUCCCAAGGAAGACAACUUAUUGCUUAACACAUAAAUUGCAUGAUCCAUAUUCUUGUAGCCUUGACAGACAUCUUGCCCUUGAUACGUCUACUGGAGCAGUCUAUUAUGGAUAUCCGUUAGCAUCAGAUUUCCCUCAUCUCCGUCAAUUUUUAGUUGGAGCCUCUUCAUACAAGUGAGCAAAUAAUUUCCAACUUUCAAUUUAGUCCGGUGUAUAAAUCAACUCUCUUCCGUCUCUAAGAUCUAAGCUGCCUUGUUUUGAAUGACAUCAGUUAAACGACAAAAAAAGACAGGCCCUUGCUACAGCCUCCUUUUCAUUACAUAUUUUAGUCCACGAACCUACAUAUUCCUCCUGUUCAGACUUCUAUAUUCUGUGCUUCAAUCCAGCAUUCUGGAUUUCUGAUGACGGAUAUACUGUACCAGUGGCAGCAAAAUGCAGAAGCAGUUCACAAGCUUGUGUAUCAAAAGUUCUUCCAUCAGUAGAUUUUAUAUAAAGGAUAGGUGUUAAUUGCAAUGCUAACCGAAAUCAUGAUGCUGAUAUAGCCACCCUUAAUAACAACAUACAAGAGAGAUACAGAAAGCAACCCUACAAUAUUACAAAAACGUACUCAUUGAUAUAAUCAAAUCUGUAAAAGGUUCUUCACAAGCCUAUAUAGGAACUUGAACUGCCCCAAUCUAUAUCAUCAACUUUCUUCAAGACUCAGGAACUAAUAUGCAAAAUGUCACAUUUACAACAAUUUCUGCUCAAUUAAAAUGCACGAGAAAACCUUAUUUGCAUUAAACCCAUCAUAGUUCUCCAUAUACUUAAAACAAUUAUCUACAACUAUAAGAAAAGAAAACACCCACCAUGCCCCUCUAAUUUUCCCAAACCAUCGGUGCACACUUCAAUCACUUCCACACAAUCCUGACUCGAGAUCCACCCACUCGCAGAAACUCUUCUUAACCAAAACUCACCACGUUACUAUCAACCGAAAUGGACAAAAACAGUAGUUAUAGCGCACACAAAAACCUCAACAAAUCUAAAAAAUAUAAGUAUGUCACACUUAAAAAUUCUAAAUUAAAAAACAUCUAUAUCGCAUUUCAUUUUCAGUAGUGACCUGUGGAGCUGUUAAUUGCAUCAAAGAGAGCGCAGCGUCCAAAACCCUAACCCUAGAAUUCGUGGUCAAGUUUAGGA